AUGGCAGCCGAAAAGCAAGUCAUUCCCACGGGGAAUCUGAACUCCGAUGCCGAGAAUAUACCACCUCCAACUAGCGACUGCUCGCAACAACCGGACUCAUACCUCGACAUAAUCAACAGCCUGAACGAGACCAUAAUUGCACAAAAGAUGGCAGCCGAAAAGCAAGAAAUUCCCCCAGGGGAUCUAAACUCCGAUACGGAGAACAUACCACCUCCACCCAGCGACUGCUCCCAAGUCCAACAACCGGCCUCAUACCUCGACAUAAUCAACAACCUGAACGAGACCAUAAUUGCACAAAAAGAAGUGAUCAGCUCUCUACGCGCUGCUUUAAAGGACCUCGAAGCACGCCACGAUAGGUAUGAAGCACUGAUGAAGAUAAAGUAUCCAGAGGUGAGCGGGGCAGUGGUCGUAAUGCGGAAGUGGUGGGAGGGAAAGAAGCGGAAUCAGAAAUACGUCUGGGACGAGGUGGUGGAGUGGGAAAUGGGUAGCGAGCCGGAAUCGACCCGUAGGAACGGCGAGUUAUAUCCUGCUGAUGAAAUAUCUGCCAUUCGAGUCGAACGGUUUCACACUCAUGCUGGGCCCUGCUACGUACUCUUCCAAUCCAUCGGUCAACCUACGCCGUCGGCGGAAACAGACGAGUGA